CGGCGUACACCUUGCGUGAAGAAACCUGGCCCUUCCAUGUUCUCUGUGGCUGAUGCGUUUUUCCUUUCUGGCUGAUAGAACUACCGAAGUCCCUGCUCUUGCUCCGAAUCAUCCUUGUCGUCGGGCCUGCUCUCGGUAUGGUGCAUACGCUGCCCAUCAUGUCAUCACGUCUUUGCUCGUCUCCUCGGCCGUCGCCGCCAUCCUCAUCUAUCCAUUCCCGUUUCUGUACAGUUCCGACUUCAUCAAUGGAGCAUCCAACCUGCCCCAUCACGUCUGGACCUUGGCUCAGCCCCUAGACAAGCCCGACGCCGAGCCGGACGUUGUCAUGCGCUCCAUCUGGGUUCACGGGAAUUAUAUGCGGGCUCUGGAUCGCGAAAUCCUCCUAGGUGCCCUCCACCUGCAGGACGAGCUGUUGGGCCCGACCGACUACUUCGACCCCAGGAGUCCGAAUGCCAAAGUGCUACUUCAGGACCCCAAGGGCGUUGAUCUCGCCCCCGAGGUCCGCGACGCCUUUCACGUCGUCAAUGGCCUGACCAAUCAGUCCUGGUUCUUCCAGUCGCCUUUGCAGUACUGGUCCUGCUCAGCAGACCUCAUCAAUGCCGACCACCAUAUCGUGGCCACCGUCAAUGAAAGGAAGAACCAACCCACGUCGGUCAAUGUUACCCUGAGGCACUCCAUCGUCUUCAGUGGGAAACGCUUCGAAGACCGGCGGCUCCUGGCUGCCGAUGCCCUCGUCAUCACACUCAUACACUGCCGCGAUUCUCCCGUCGGUCUCCAGUGGGAGAGAAAGGCCGCGGCUCUGGCCACUCAAAUGACAGAUAAGUGGACCAUUUACCCGGCUGACGGCCGAAGCGUGUCAAGCCAGCUAUAUGAAUUUCAGUUCCGUCCCAUGUCGGUCCAGGACAAAGUGAUCCUCGGCCUCGCAUACGUCCUAGCAAUCCUCUACUUCCUCGUGAGCAUGUCGAAGCUUAGGGCUGUCAAGUCCAAACUGGGGCUUUUCGUUACCGUCUGGGUCCAGAUCGUCAUGUCCAUUCUGUCCAGCUUUACCAUCUGUGCCAUCUUCAAUGUUGACCUUUCCCGGAUACCCCAGCCGGCUUACCCACUCGUCGUCUUGUCGAUGAGCCUGGAGAAUAUCUUCAGGCUCAUAAACGCCGUCAUAGCCACGCCGUCCGAGAACAGCACCAGCAGUCGUAUAGGCUACGCCUUUGGCGAGACAGCCCACGUAGCUUUCAUCAGCUCGACCCAAAACGUCCUCAUCCUCUGGGGGCUAGCCAAAGUCGCCUCUCCAGGCGUGUCGGCUUUCUGCACCUUCGCCGCCAUCGGCAUCAUCUUCGACUUUUUUUACCUGUCGACCUUCUUUCUCUCAGUUCUCGGGGUCGAUGUUCGGAGAACCGAGCUCAGCGAUGCCUUGGAGAAGGCGUCGUCACCGUCAUCAUCCCGCUUGGAUCGACAUCGCAGCGAUUCUACCCCCUGCCCCAGCUGGACGGAAGCAAUGUUUCAGGGCAAGGUCGCCAUGUCCACGCGCAUUGCUGGAACCGUCAUCAUGAUAAACUUUGUGCUUGUUGCGCAAUGGCAUUUCUUCGAGGACGCGUCCGUGUUCCGCGUCAUCGGGAGCUUCUUCAACAUCCCAGAGAAUAGCAGCGCCUUGCAGAAAUGGAAGGAGUCGUUACCGGUAGAAAUCCACCAGGCUAGGAGCCCCAUGUCGUGGCUUCGAAUGCAGGAUCACGACACGGCGAGGGAAGUCAUAAACGUAAUCAAGCCGUGGGCUCAUAGUUAUGUUGCCCAGGUGUACGAACCCAUCGUCUUCGUCCUCCGAGGUGCGGACAGAACUCCUGGCAACCAGGAGCGGUAUUUGCUGCCGGCUGUGUAUGACUUUCUCGAUCACCACUUGACGCGAUUUUUCGUCACCGUCUUGUUCAUCCUGGCAGGGCUUCGGUUGUUGAUGAAUUAUUUGUUGUGGGAAGAGGAUGCGGAAUCCCAGCCUGCUCCUUAUGGUUCCGACGACGAGCCGCUCAUGUCGGUCAACUCGUUGACGGGGGGGCAUGAUCUGGAUGUCGUCCUUCUGACUGCUACUGUCAAAGGCCAUAUUGUGUCCGUUGGUCUCGAUCGAACCAUUCGACUCUGGAAUGUUCGGUCUGGCACCAAGAAGUAUACUCUGACCGAAAUCGCCAGUCCUCACCAUGAUCCCUUUCCUAUCCUAGCCUGUGCAAUUGAUGACAAUUGUCACUGGCUGGCUCUUCUCUCACCAGGUCGCGUUCAACUUUGGAACCUCUACAGUCAGCAAUGGGCCCCAUCCAUCCCCGUCGAUACCAACGGCCAGAAGCCGCAGGCAUUCUUCUUCGGCCUCCCUAGUUCCCAUCCUGUGCCCCCUCUACUGGUGGUGCGUCGGUCCGGUCUUGCGACACGACUCACAGCUCAAGACCGAGGCUCGACCGACUUUGUCAUCUGCAAAAGCCCUCUCGUCUCUGCCGAGCCUCUCGUCACCAUAGCGGAGGACUCUCGCUCACUGGAGCUAUCGAUUCUCACUGCAUCUAGAAAGGGAUGUAUCCACGUGGCAACGCAUCAUGGCCAUGGUGAUUGGACGUCUGAGGCUCUCGGCGAUACUCUUGAACACCAUGAUGCCUCUCAAGUCGUUCCGCUCCCGGAUUUGGAUUGCUUCUUGAUCGCUCGGCAAAGUUCGGUAGAUCUAAUGGAUGGCAAGAGGAACUACCUCAUUCACACCUUUCACACACAACCCAUCCGGCCACGUACUCUGCGAUACUUCCAUUCCGCGCGUAGGAAACCGCAAUGCAGUUCGGUGGGACUCCGGUGGUUCGGACUUGCCUACGACCACGCCGAGACCGGCGACUGCAUCAUCCAAACCUAUACCCCGACAGUGGAAGGAGAUCUUAUCUGCUUCCGAGAUCCCGCCAUCCCACCGAGCCAAACCUGCUGUGACUGGUCAGAAACGGACGUGGCGGAGAGGAAGAUCGUCAACCCUGGCACUUGGAUGGCGCUCCCUAACGGCUCGGUCGUUGGGGUCAGGCAGAAUAUCCCGCCGUCUCGGCCGCCAAGCCGAGAUUGGUUUUCCGGCCACCCAGGGUUGCGACGCCGGAUCUACGAGCCCCACAAGAGCGAAUGGAAGCCGAAGUGGCCCGACACGUGGGAAGUCUGGGUUGCUAUGCAAUCUGGUCGGGGCGAGAUCUACGAGACGGCUCCACUCGACGCCGACAACGAUAGCGGGAAUCAUCUUAUGGUUUCGGGUCUUGGGCCCAUGGUCCAGGCUGGCACGUCUUCUGUCGUCGUUGGGUUCGGCAACAUUCUGAAGCUCAUCACAGUUGGGCACGAGAGGUUCGAGCUGGGCCGGACCUCGGCGAGGGGAGAGGAGGUCUUGAAUCUCGGUAGCCGCAGACGGCGGCCGGGCAAUGCGGCCUCAAAGUCGAGAGCGAACUCUCGCCCGUGAGGGAUACGGGAGGAGAAUUACCGGUUGCGUCAAGGGUCGCACUUUUCUUCUUCCUUUUCUGCCCCUUCCCUUUCUCGCAUAUGAUACGGUUUAUACCCAUUACCCGUCUCCUUUUUCUUUUCUCGAGGUGAUGUCUCUGGUCGGUGUCGGGUUUCAAAGACGAGGGCCACAUAUUUGGACGAAUGAUGGAUACACGCAUGGUUUCGUGUAGUAGAUGGUAGAAAAUGG